CAUUUAUCCUUCUUACAUUUUGAAGUUUGCAAGAUAAUCCCUUUGUGAAAAGGAGGAACAAUGACUUUUUAUAGUUUUUAUUUGCUUUUUUUUGCGUUUACUUGGAAUACCUCUGCCUAUGGACCAAAUCAAAGGGCACAAAAGAAAGGAGAUAUUAUUCUCGGUGGACUAUUUCCCAUUCAUUUUGGAGUAGCUGCUAAACACCAGGAUCUGAAGUCUCGGCCAGAAUCUGUAGAGUGCAUAAGGUAUAAUUUCCGUGGUUUCCGCUGGCUUCAGGCAAUGAUCUUUGCCAUUGAGGAGAUUAAUAGCAGCCCAACUCUUCUUCCCAACAUGACUCUUGGAUACAGCAUAUUUGACACCUGCAACACUGUCUCCAAAGCCCUGGAAGCCACCCUGAGUUUUGUGGCCCAAAACAAGAUCGACUCUUUGAAUCUGGAUGAGUUCUGCAAUUGCUCAGAGCACAUUCCUUCCACAAUUGCAGUAGUGGGAGCAACUGGGUCGGGAAUUUCGACUGCGGUGGCCAAUCUCUUAGGUCUUUUUUACAUACCUCAGGUUAGUUAUGCUUCAUCCAGCCGGCUCUUGAGCAACAGAAAUGAGUAUAAAUCUUUCCUGCGUACCAUACCAAAUGAUGAACAUCAGGCCACGGCCAUGGCAGACAUAGUUGAGUACUUUAACUGGAACUGGGUGGGUACCAUUGCUGCAGAUGAUAAUUAUGGCAGACCAGGGAUUGAAAAAUUCAGGGAAGAGACAGAGGAAAGGAAUAUCUGCAUUGACUUCAGUGAGCUGAUUGCCCAGUACUUGCCUGAAGACCAGAUCCAACAGGUGGUGAAAGUCAUCCAGAAUUCUACAGCAAAGGUGAUUGUUGUCUUCUCGAGUGGCCCAGAUCUGGAACCGCUCAUCAAAGAGAUUGUGACACAUAACAUCACUGGCCGGAUUUGGCUGGCAAGCGAAGCCUGGGCCAGCUCUUCACUGAUAGCCAUGCCACAGUUUUUUCAUGUCAUGGGUGGCACCAUUGGAUUUGCUCUGAAAGCAGGACAGAUCCCUGGCUUUCGGAAAUUUCUGCAGAAGGUGCAUCCAAAGAAAUCCAUCAACAAUGGAUUUAUCAAAGAGUUUUGGGAGGAGACUUUUAACUGCUACUUACCAGAUGGAAAUAAGAACCAUCCAGGCUCUAUGUCUUUCCUAAAGGGCCACGAAGAAGGCGCUAAACCUGGAAAUGUCACAGCUGGCUUCCGCCCACCGUGUACAGGGGCGGAAAACAUCAGCAGUGUAGAGACUCCUUACAUGGAUUAUACCCACCUACGGAUAUCUUAUAAUGUGUACUUAGCAGUAUACUCAAUCGCCCACGCUUUGCAGGAUAUCUACACCUGUGUCCCAGGGAAAGGGAUGUUCACCAAUGGGUCUUGUGCAGACAUCAAGAAGGUCGAGGCAUGGCAGGUGCUGAAACAUCUACGUCAUCUGAACUUCACGAAUAAUAUGGGUGAACAAGUGGAUUUUGAUGAGUCUGGUGGCCUAAUAGGGAAUUACUCCAUCAUCAAUUGGCACCUGUCACCAGAGGAUGGCUCCAUUGUGUUUGAGGAGGUUGGACAUUAUAAUGUUUAUGCCAAGAAAGGAGAGAGGCUGUUUAUCAAUGAAAAUAAGAUCCUAUGGAGUGGGUUCUCAAAGGAGGUGCCAUUCUCCAACUGCAGCAGAGACUGCCAACCAGGCACAAGGAAAGGCAUUAUUGAGGGCGAGCCCACUUGUUGUUUUGAAUGCGUAGAAUGUACUGAUGGGGAGAUCAGUGAUGAAACAGAUGCCAGUGCUUGUGAGAAGUGUGCUGAAAACUUUUGGUCCAAUGAAAACCACACUGUCUGCAUUCCAAAGCAAAUAGAAUUUCUCUCUUGGACAGAGCCAUUUGGGAUUGCUCUCACCCUUUUUGCUAUACUGGGCAUCUUUCUGACUUCCUUUGUUCUAGGUGUCUUUACUCGAUUUCGCAACACACCCAUUGUCAAGGCCACAAACCGUGAACUCUCUUACCUCCUUCUCUUUUCCUUGCUGUGCUGCUUCUCCAGCUCACUCUUCUUCAUUGGUGAGCCCCAGGACUGGAACUGCCGCUUGCGACAGCCAGCUUUUGGUAUCAGUUUUGUCCUCUGCAUCUCCUGCAUUCUGGUGAAGACCAAUCGGGUCCUUCUGGUCUUUGAAGCCAAGAUACCCACAAGCCUCCAUCGCAAGUGGUGGGGCAUGAACCUCCAGUUUCUCCUGGUCUUCCUGUGCACCUUUGUGCAAAUAGUCAUCUGUGUCAUUUGGUUGUAUACAGCUCCCCCAUCCAGCUUCCGGAACCAUGAGCUGGAGGAUGAGAUCAUCUUCAUCACCUGCAACGAAGGCUCCUUGAUGGCACUGGGCUUUUUGAUUGGAUACACUUGCCUAUUGGCUGCUAUCUGUUUUUUCUUUGCUUUUAAGUCCCGCAAACUGCCAGAAAACUUCAAUGAGGCCAAAUUUAUUACUUUCAGCAUGCUGAUUUUCUUCAUUGUCUGGAUCUCUUUCAUUCCAGCCUAUGCCAGCACCUACGGCAAGUUUGUCUCUGCCGUGGAGGUGAUUGCAAUCCUUGCUGCUAGUUUUGGGCUUCUAGCUUGCAUCUUCUUCAACAAGGUCUACAUCAUCCUCUUCAAGCCCUCGCGCAACACGAUUGAGGAGGUGCGCUGUAGUACUGCUGCCCAUGCCUUCAAGGUCGCUGCCAGGGCGACACUGCGACGGAGCAAUGUGUCUCGCAAGAGGUCCAACAGCCUUGGAGGCUCUACAGGCUCCACCCCAUCUUCAUCCAUUAGCAGCAAAAGCAACCACGAAGACCCUUUUUGUCUAUCCACAACUGUGAUAGAGCAACAGCAACGCGGGUGCAAGCAAAAAGUGAGCUUUGGUGGUGGAACUGUCACUUUGUCACUGAGCUUCGAAGAGCACCAGAAAAAUGCAGUCGCCAACAAAAAUGCAAAGCAUAGGAACUCCUUGGAAGCCCAAAAUAGCGAUGACAGCCUUAUGCGGCAUAAGGCCUUGCUUCCUCUGCAGUCAAGUGAACCAGUAGGCAGCGAGCCCAAUUUCCAGACAGCUUCAAGUCAUGACUCCAACAUCCAGGAACCAGUAAAGGGAGAAACCAAGCAAGAAGGACAAAGCUUAGAAGAAGGGCAACCUCCGUUGUCACCUUCAUACUUGCGGGAUUGUGUAGGCAGCGAUUCCAUCACAGAGAAUGCUGUCCAUUCAUAAAGAAGGAAGAACCAAUCACCCCUACGUUUUCUUUCUGGAUACUCCUCUGUGGCGCAGUGAGCCACUUGGUGGUGUUAACAUUCGCAGGGUAAACUCACCUCCUACAGAACACUGGAGGAAGCGUUUCAAUAAGUGAUUGUUGUAGUGGAAAUCUGUGGUGGUUGUGGAAGAGACAAAGAAACAACUAAAAAAGCUCGUCAGCUGGGCUUGAGCAGAAUUUUGUCAUCAAGGAGUUAUUAUAGUGAUCUGGGUCAUGAACAUACUGGUUAGCAAAUGUGUCUGGGCAGUUCUAGUAACAUGGUCUGCUUUUUACAAUAAUGUAUAGUAUUGCUUUUAUAAAUAAUUCCUCUUUGUUCCCCAUAGCCAUAUUACAACGAGGAGAAACAUACUACUAUACACAAAACAGGGCAUGCACCUUGACUUAGAAAAGUCACCCUUACUCCACUCUCUGUGGAAGUGCCUUAAAUGAAGUUCAGCCAGUGGCCUGAACCUGUUGACUAUGUGAAAAAAGGAUGCUAAGGGCUUGUGAUGUAUGACAAUCUUGAGAGACAUUCCUGUAUUAUACAGAAACACCGUUUUCCUGGGGAUUUAUAUCAUUUGGUUCUGCUGGCUGGCUCACUUCAUAGGUUGAAAGGAAUAACUUUGCAGUUCUGCAGAAAGUAUAGACCAUUUGAUAAGAUGUAUCCAUUCAUUGAGACAUCAGUUGAUUGUCUCCUUGAUAGAGUGGCUUUGUAGUUUCAGUCAGCUGGCUGCAGCUUCUUGUCUUACAGUUUACACUGCACUAUGCUGUACUAACUUCUCUCCAGCAGUCACACAAUGCCACAUGUAGACAGGUCCUGACCUGUCAUAUUUAAGGGGCCUCACAGCUCACCAAGACAGGAACAAAAUUUGAAGGCCUUUUCUAACCUGCAGUUUACUUACUGUACAUACAUGAAGCACUGCAGCUAUUCCAAAACAUUUUCUGACAUUAGCUCAAUGAAAAAGUGUUUAAGGAUCAGAAAGACAAAAGCGCAAGGUCCUGAAAAGUACUGAAAAGUAUAAGAGGAAUGAAAGCGCAAGGUCCUGAAAAGUAUAAGAGGAAAGAAAGCACAAGGUUCUGAAAUAACCCCCACUAUUUGUUGAACGUUCAUUGAGCUACAAAGGAAGACUCAAUGGUCUACAUCUGUCUGCUCUCAUGAUUUGAGUCCAGCAAGGACUGUCUCUCUGCUUGCUUUGCAGAUCUGCUCAGGAGUUAGUAUAGUUGGACAGGGCUCGUAACUGUUCAGACCAAAGGGCUGAUACUUGGACAUUCCCCUAUUUUUUACAAACAUAUUGAUGGAGUGCUUCAGUAUUUCGACACUUACUAUCCAUCUCUUUGUACAGGGCAAAAGGUAAUUUAGGACAUAUUUGUAGAUCUCUAGAUAGCUUGCAAUACGUUUCUCCCAAUUCCUUUAACACCAACAAUAUAAUUAUUGUUGAAAUGAAAGAAGCUUGGGUAAUCCAAAAGUGGAUUUUUCUUUGCAGAUAUACUGACCUCACCUUGGCUGUGCCUAAAAAAUCCUCAGUUUCAUUCAGCAGCUGUUCAGUAGGCCUGUGCUCAUGCCUUCAUGUGGGCACUUAAGUUUGUACCGUGUUGAUGGCUCUAGCUGGUGGAUCUUCAGGUUCUAGUAAAACACAAUGUUUAUUCAACAAGCCUGAAGUCAUCCUUUGCCUUUACUUGUAGCUCAAAUAUAACUUCAUGGCUUUUUAUCAUGUCAGAAGCGGUUUGGGAGUAUACUGCAAGUUGUUUCUGGUGUCAGAGAAUUAGCUGUCUGCAAGGAGGUUGACCAGGGAAUGCCCGGAUGUGUUACCAUCCUGUGGGAAGCUUCACCCAUGUCCCCACAUGGGAAUCUUCAUGGUAUUCUAAACCAUGAUUUUGUUUUAGGCAUGCAGCUGCAUUUAAGCCACUAGACCCCAGGUCUAAGGACCAUAACCAUUGUUCCCAGUAGUUAUUCCUUUGGUUAAAAGCAGCUCUAGGGAUUGGGGGUUUGGCUCAGGAACACAGGCUGUGGAUAAAAUGCUGUCCCCAAUUCUCAACACUUCUAGGGAGGGAAAGAAAGAAAAGCAUAAUACAUGUACCAGUCAUUUAGCGUUUUCACGAUUAAUUGAAAUUUUGGGAAGAAUUUUCACAGUAAAAAUUCAAUGGGAAGAGAAUAUUAAACCUACCAGGCCCAUGGCCUAUACCAGUGGUUCUCAACCUGUGGAUCCAGGGUGUUUUGGCCUACAACUCGCAGAAAUCCCAGCCAGUUUACCAGCUGUUAGGAUUUCUGGGAGUUGAAGGCCAAAACAUCUGGGGACCCACAGGCUGAGAACCACUGGCCUAUACCUUAGCAAUUGCAUUUCAGCAAAGAUGAGGAUGUUAGGAACCCAUCCAUCACACCUAGUUUAGCUUUCAAGGAAAUGGAAUAAGAGAGACAUUUCUCAAAUUCCUUCUAGGGAAAUCAUUUGAAUCAAUCUUGCUUUUACCAAGGAGGAGAGACGGAUGCACAGAGGUUUUCAUUUCUAUGUGGGGCAGAGGAAAUUUAACUAAUUGCUUCAAGUUUCCAUGCAUUGGGAAAGUGUGAGCACCAGACUGGCAACCUAUUGAAGCAAGUAAUGCUAAACUAUGUUUUAUAUAUUGACGGUGUUGUCAGAGGUGUAUAUUCUUUUCUGAUCUGUUUGAAAAUCUAAAACAGGGGAUCCUCCUGCUUAUCAGAUAUUUGCUGUGGGCUUAGAGAACACAGAGCUUACUCCUCAUAUUGAGGUUAAAAGAAUCAUGGCAUUAAGCCUAGAAUCCCUAUAUUUACUUCUUGUACUAAUAUUUCGCCUAAGUGGUAAGGAUUUCAUUAUACUAUUAGUUUGGUCCUAUGAGGUUCCUGACUGUGUAUAGUUUUAUGCAUAUACUGGAAAGAAGUAUGUACUUAGCUUUUGGUAUCCUCAGACUGUUAACAUUUCUGAGGUUCUUUGUAUUUGUGUACAGUCACUGAUGUUGUUGAAAACCCAAACCAUGGCCAAUCUAGAAUUCUCACUUUGCAGGAAUCAAACACUCUCUUCUUAGUACUGAGCAUUGAGCAGACCUUUCUUAUUAUAUAGCAACAUACUCAGCCAUAACAUGUUAUCUCCCGUUGUCAUUGCUGCAUUGGGCAGCUCUCUUCCCUUUUUUCCCCAGACCAAAUGUGUGGUGCCAUUUGUAGGCUCACCUUCCUCUAGUAAUGUAGUAAUAAAGGUGAUGCUGAUGAGGCAAAGCUAAAAUUUGUCAUAUUGAUGUAUUUACACUAGAUUCCAGUUGCUAAAUCCUACCAUAAGCUUGUAAACUUUGG